AUGACCCUGUGGAAUGGCUCCUUCCCCUUCUACCCUGGCCCCAGUGCCAGCUUCCCCUUUGACACCACCCGGGCCACCAUCGUCUCCAUCUUCCUCUCCAUGUUGGUCACCUUCAUCAUCAUCCUGCCAGGAAUCCGGGGCAGGAGGAGACUCUUCUGGUUCCUGUGGGUGGUGAUGGGGCUCUUCGUGGGAGCUGUGGUCCUCACUGUGCAGUUCAGCAGGGACUGGGAGCGCGGCUGGGUGGCGGCGAAUGUCUCCUACAAGUCCUUCAGCGCUGCCCUGGUCACCGUGGGCGUCGGGCUGCACGUGGGGCUGGCUGGGCUGAACGUGACGCUGCUGGGGGCCCCGGUGAGGCAGCUCAACGAGACCAUCGACUACAACGAGCACUUCGCCUGGGGCGCAGACUACGAGCAGAGCUACGGCGCAGGGCUGCAGAAGGGGCUGCCCACCCCCAUCCUCUACGUGGCAGAGAAGUUCCGGGCGCGGAGCCCCUGCGGCGCGCAGCAGCAGUACCGCAGCGCCGGGCGCUACGCAUCCAUCGCGCUCUGGAUGGCCUUCUGCACGUGGCUCAUCUCCCUCCUGCUCUUCUCCAUGCCCAUCCUGCUCUAUGGUGCCUAUCUGCUGCUGCUCACAGCCACACUGAUGCUCUUCUCCCUGCUCUUCUUCUCCACUGCGAGGAACACUGCCAAGUGCCCCAUCCAGCUGGGCACAGCUGCCCUGAAGACAGGCUACGGUGCAGCCUUCUGGCUGACCUUAGCAACAGGGCUGCUGUGCCUGCUGCUGGGGCUGGCCAUCCUCAUCCUGAACUCCAAGCAGCCUGAGAAGCUGAAGCUUGUCUUUAGCCUGGAGCAGGGAGCGGGAGGCAGUGAGGCAGAGCAGGGCAAGUGCUACCUGCCGGCGGAGCCCAGCUGCUCCCUGCACGAUGUGCUGAUGGUGCCCCUGGCAGAUCUUCACGAGGUGACUGCCACCAAGCUGUAA